GAACCUUUGAUUUGUCAGUAUUUUAUUAACGAUAUCAGUAGGUAGAUAAAUAAAGCUCACUGAAAAGACGUGCGGAAAACCAAAUCAAGUGUGAAUGGUUCAUAGACAUUUGAUCAACAAAGGUUAAAAUGUUAACUUACGCAAAUGUAUUUGUUAUCUCCAUUUCGUUGCUGAAUAUACUUAAUAAAGUUCAGGCAACAGUCCCUCAGUAUAUCAACCCCUCAAGUCCAGAAACAAAAGUUGUGAUCAAAGGUGCUGAUACAAGCACAUGUAUCUACAUUGUGGAAGCGAUUGAUAACGAUGGGGAUGUUCUCACUUAUUCAAAACAUAGUCAAACACCUAAACGCCCUAGUUUCACCUUUGACCCUGUAUCACGAAAACUUUACCCUCCAGCAGGACUCGAUGCUCAAACGACAACGUCCUUCGCAAUAGAAUUCAGCGUAACAGAUGGGAAUUCUACUGUAAUAAGCCCAGUUUUGACAAUAAAUAUACAAGAUGUCAACGGACAUUUGCCAGGUACGAACCAAACUUCAUACAUCAUGUCAAUAUUUGGCACAACCUUAAGUGGUAAUAUAUCAAACAUUGGGAUAGGUAGUAGUAUCUUAAUUAUGAGUGAUCACGCAUUAAGCAUUCACUCGAAACAUAUCUUACUUUCGACGUAGGCUUAUUAAUCAUCGUUUUAAAUUUGAUAUCGAAUACGUUCUAAACAAAGUCCAUGAAAAGUAAAGCAAUAUGGGUAAUUCUAACGCAAGGCAUAACAUUUGCUCUAAAUAUAU